AUGGUAGAACGCUCCGGGCUCUAUUUUUUCUCUAGUCGCUUGUCAAGUAUCCAAGAGGUGGAGCUUAUUCCUGCCGGAGGUUGCAUUGUCGAAAUCAAAACUUCGUUGCAAAUUUGCAGCAUCAAUUUCCCGACGGACUACCAUUCACAUCUGAUCUUAGAAAUCAUCGAUGACACCUUAGAUAGAAUUUGA